CCGACGUCGCUCACGCACGCUGACGUCAGUACGUCCGCAGCCUAGCAGCAGCGGUGCACACGGCGUAAACAAAGCGGGGAGCCACAAACCAGGCUAAAGCUAAUUAGCUGCUGUUCCGUGAGUAAAACAGCCAAUGCGGCGGCUCUAGAUCAGCCGAGAAAACAACAGCUUCUUUAUACCGAUGCAUUACAGCUUCUGUUUCUAUCGGAACAGACUCACUCGUGUGUUGAGACUGGAAUUAAACGCGUUGAGAAGACACCGCUACAACUAGCUGCAUUAGCUUCAGCGAGCCUAACUAACGGGACAAGGAUUUCAAGUUUCUGGAAGUCACUCAGAUUACACGUUUAUCGACAACACACGUGGCGACAGACGCUUGAUUCUCCAUCGCUGCUCAUGUCGAUCUCUUAUAAACAUGCCAACGUUGAUGCGAAUACGAGUUAGCUCGCUAUGUAGCUAAUUGAGGUUUCAGGGUGGAUCAGCUGGCCGUGAGAGGCUCGAUCCAGGUGUGACCGGGUCCUGGCCGAAGGGACACCCGACCACAGUGAUCUGGAGUCGGACUGAGAUGUUCAGCCUCAUGGCGAACUGCUGCAAUUGGCUAAAACGUUGGCGACAGCCGGCCAGGAAAGUGACUCUGGUGAUGGUGGGAUUGGAUAAUGCAGGGAAGACUGCCACAGUGCGAGGGAUCCAAGGAGAUAAUCCUCAUGAUGUGGCUCCAACAGUCGGGUUUUCCAAGGUCGACCUGAAGCAGGGCAAGUUCGAGGUGACAAUCUUCGACCUGGGUGGCGGGAAGAGGAUCCGAGGCAUCUGGAAGAACUACUACUCAGAGUCGCAUGGCGUGGUGUUCGUGGUCGACUCCAGCGACGUCCAGCGGAUCCAGGAGACAAGGGAGACCAUGGCCGAGGUCCUUCAGCACCCGCGCAUCGCUGGCAAACCUGUGCUAGUGCUGGCAAACAAACAGGACCGGGACGGAGCGCUGGCUGAAGCCGACAUCAUUGAGAACCUGUCAUUAGAGAAGCUUGUCAACGAGAACAAGUGUCUCUGUCAGAUCGAGCCAUGCUCUGCAGUCCUGGGUUAUGGCAAUAAGGUGGACAAGUCCAUCAAGAAGGGCCUGAACUGGCUCCUCAGCAACAUCGCCAAAGACUAUGAGGCCAUAACUGAGCGAGUGCAGAAGGACACGGCCGAGCAGCGCGCACAGGAGGAGCAGGACAAGAAGGAGCGGGCGGAGAGGGUGCGGCGGAUACGAGAAGAAAGAGAACGACAGGAGCAGGAAGAGGCAGAACGAGAAGGCCGGCCAAUCCAGGAGGAGGAGCUUGAUGAUGAAAACAUUCCCAGCCCCUUCCAGCCAAUCAACAACUACAUCUCUGAGAAUGAGGAUAAAGAAAAGGAAAGGAGGCGGCAAAAGGAGCUGCAGGAGGGCAGGAGUAAAAGCCCAAACGCGGAGGGUGAUCAAGAGGAAGAGGAGUGUGAAGAGGCUGAUGAGGAAGAGCCGGAGGAAUCAAGACAAGCGUCAGAAAGCGCAAGUUCAGCCACAAUAGGCGAGCAAAGCAAGAAGAAGAAGCUCUUCCUGAAGAGGAAGCACCGCGUGGACCCCCUGAGGACGGAGGAAGGGCCGAAGGAGAGCCUCGCCCCGCUGGCUCCUCCAGUGGGAUGGGCCACACCCAAAGUUUCUAGGCUGCCAAAACUAGAGCCGCUGGGGGACUCGAAGCAAUCUGACUUUUUCAAGAAGCCUCUCCCGCCUGUUGCGAUCAGGCUGCAGCCUAACGGUGACGCUCAUGACAUCAUUUUCUAACCUCUUUUCGCUGAGGUUCCAAUCACUGCUCUCCCCUUUUUUUGCUUUCUGUCUCAAGCGAGCAGCGGCUAGACAAGCAAGCGCAUGGACCACUCGACGUGGGAGCUGGUGAAAGUGCGGCCAACGCAGAGCACAGGAGCAUAACAGGAAGCCAAGUCCUGCUCAGAAACCUUAAUUCAGUUUCACAGACUGACACAGCUUUGUGUGAAACGCUGAACCUGGCUGAGCUGAUUUUUGUCAGGUUCAGAGUUUGGUCAACAGAAGCACUUUUGGUGCGGGAAUGUUUCCACAACCGUUAGACUGAAACCUUAUUUUUCAUUGAUAAUAUCAGUGUUAGACAGCUUGGACUCCAUUUGUCCAACCAAGAUGCUUUUACUUGACAAAGAAUGUAAAUAUGUUUAUUAUUUCAUCCAUUUAUUUUUGCAUCUUCUGUGUUGUAAUGUGCAUAUGAUGCUGUGGAUGUGGGUCAAAAAAAGAAAAGGUCUUAAGUGCUUUAAAUUUGGUCUUUAAAAGUAGAAAAUAUUUCCCCUUUUUUAACGGUGAUUUGAAUUGAGGAUGGAAAAAAGGAGUUGGAUGAACUGUAAAAUUGGAAACACUACGUGAUUGUUUUCUGGUCAGUUUUAGUAAGGAAUGUCUUCACAUUUCAAUUUUUUCUUUACACUUGCCAGCAGCAUAUGUUUUUAUUUAUUGUUAAAAAUGUCAAAAUAUGAAAAUAUGUGUCUACAGGGCUACAGAUUGUCUGCUGUUCACACUGUGUACCUGUUUUUAAAGUGAUAUUUCUCCCGAGGCAGGAAUCAGCCUCAGAGGUGGCCCUGAGGAGGGAGCCGGCGUCGCUGUGGUCUCGUUUGUUGUUUCUCUGACUCUGCACACAUUCUCGCUUUGAGAGUAACAGGAAAUAGCUAAAAUUGCAGCUCGAAAAAAACAAA